GUACAUUACAUUACAUAUAGCUGACACAGCCGCCAUCUCUGGCAGAAAUCCAAAAGCUCUGUUCAUUUUGGAGCUUAGACUGAUCGGCCAUGGCGUUUCGGAACCAGAUUUUGAGGAAGGCCAACUCGAAGGCGCUCUACGCCUUUUCCAGGCCACCGUUUUCCACUUCUUUCUCUUCGAUUUCUUCUGUAUCUUCCGCUGCCACGGAUGCCGCCGAUCCCAAACCUCUUCUUCCGCCUUUUGAUUACGAGCCGAAACCUUAUAAAGGACCGCUCGCCGAUGAAAUUUUUCAGAAGCGGAAGAAGUUUCUAGGGCCUUCGCUUUUCCACUACUACCAGAAGCCACUCAACAUUGUAGAAGGAAAAAUGCAAUAUUUGUUUGAUGAGAAUGGAAGGCGCUACCUUGAUGCUUUUGCUGGAAUAGUUACUGUAUCUUGUGGGCAUUGCCAUCCUGAUGUUUUAGCUGCAGUCAAUGAGCAAAACAAACUUUUACAGCAUGCUACAACCAUAUACCUACACCAUGCGAUAGCUGAUUUCGCUGAAGCAUUGGCAGAAAAGAUGCCUGGAAAUUUGAAGGUUGUAUAUUUUGUUAACUCUGGGACAGAAGCAAAUGAAUUAGCCAUGCUUAUGGCCCGUCUGUACAGUGGUAAUCUAGGUAUGAUUGCACUGAGAAAUGCAUACCAUGGAGGAAGUUCGAACACAAUUGGACUGACAGCUUUGAACACAUGGAAGUACCCAAUACCUCAGGGUGAAAUUCAUCAUGUUGUGAAUCCCGAUCCAUAUCGUGGUGUCUUUGGGCCAGAUGCUAGUAGUUAUGUCAAAGACGUCCAAGAUCAUAUAGAUUAUGGUACUUCAGGAAGAGUUGCUGGAUUUAUAGCUGAAACAAUUCAGGGUGUUGGAGGAGCUGUUGAAUUAGCACCUGGAUACUUGAAACUUGUUUACGAUAUUGUUCGCAAUGCUGGUGGUGUUUGCAUUGCUGAUGAGGUUCAAACUGGCUUUGGUCGAACAGGAAGCCAUUAUUGGGGCUUUGAAACACAGGGCGUAAUUCCCGAUAUAGUAACCAUGGCAAAGGGUAUUGGAAAUGGAUUACCAUUGGGAGCAGUGGUGACAACGCCUGAAAUAGCGAGCACAAUGGCUCAAAAAAUUCAAUUCAACACUUUUGGAGGGAACCCAGUUUGUUCUGCUGGGGGACUUGCAGUUCUAAGAGUUAUUGACAAAGAGAGACGUCAGGCACAUUGUGCCGAUGUCGGUUCUCACUUACUGGAGAGAUUGAGAGCUCUCCAGGAAAAAUAUGAAAUUAUAGGAGAUGUACGAGGAAGGGGAUUAAUGGUAGGUGUAGAACUCGUAACCGACCGGAAGGGAAAAAACCCGGCAAAGACCGAAACUGCAGUAUUGUUUGAGAAACUAAGAGAACUGGGAGUUCUCGUCGGGAAAGGGGGUCUGCAUGGGAAUGUUUUUCGAAUAAAGCCCCCCAUGUGUUUCACCAAAAAUGAUGCAGAUUUUCUUGUUGAUGCUUUGGACUAUGCCAUUUCAAAGCUGUAAAACUUAAGCUUUAAUUGAUCAGAGUAAAGAAGUCAGAUAAAGAUGUUUUAUGUAACUUAAAAUAAAAUGUAAUUCUUGUUUGUAGGAGCUUAUCACUUGUUCUAUUAUUGUUCAUCAAUGUUAGAAGUUUUCUUGUACAAUGACUUUGAAUCUUCCAAUAAUAAAUAAUUGGAAGUUGCAGUGUUUCUCACUUAAGCCCAGGGCCAUCUGAUGCCUUCAAAUUUA